AACGACACAUCACCAAACUAACCCACCCACACAGCAGUCACGAUGGUCGCCGCAAAGAAGCAUGUCCCGAUCGUGAAGAAGGUCACCGCGCGGUUCAACCGCCACCAGAGUGACCGCUUCAUGCGCGUGGACCCAAGCUGGAGGAAGCCAAAGGGUAUCGACAACCGAGUCCGCAGACGUUUCAAGGGUCAGGCUGCCAUGCCAAAGAUUGGUUACGGUAACAACCGCAAGACUCGCCACAUGAUGCCUUCCGGCCACAAGGCUUUCCUCGUCAACAACAUCCGCGACUUGGACCUCCUCCUCAUGCACAACCGCACCUACGCUGCUGAGAUCGCACACGCCGUCUCAUCGAGGAAGCGGAUAGAGCUCGUUGCUCGUGCUAAGCAGCUCGGCGUCAAGGUCACCAACGGCAAGGCCAAGAUCACCUCCGAGUCGUAGAUGGAGCGAGUGGGAGUUGUUAUGCUGGGCGACGGAUGGCGAAGGGCGAGCAGGAACGGAACGGCGUCUCAAAGGUGCAUGGGAGGAUACUGCAUUUCGUAGCUGGCCAAAUCUGAAGAGCCGGUUUUAUCUGCGUACACACCGCCAACGCCUCGCUAGAGUACUUGAUACAUGCUCAGACGCAUCAAGUUGAAUGAAAGCAAGCAACCCAAAAGACCACACAAAA